CCCUCCCCGGGUCCGCAGUGGCGGCAGGCCGGCGGGCCGCGAUGGACUUCCCCGAGCUGGCCGAGGCGGCGGAGCGCUGGUGCGGCCGCACGCCCUUCCAGCUCAUCGCGGCCGAGGAGACGGAGCGCAGGCUGGAUUUCUACGCCGACCCGGGCGUGUCCUUCUACGUGCUGUGCCCGCACGGCGGCUGCGGGGACCCUUUCCACGUUUGGAGUGAGAGCGAGGACUGCUUGCCCUUCUUGCAGCUGGCCCAGGACUACAUCUCCUCCUGCGGCAAGAAAACCCUCCAGGAAGUCUUGGAAAAAGUCUUUAAGUCUUUCCGACCAUUACUGGGACUCCCAGAUGCUGAUGAUGCAGCCUUCGAAGAGUACAACGCGGACGUAGAAGAGGAGGAACCAGAGACGGACCACCCCCAGAUGGGGGUCAGUCAGCAGUGACCUUCAGGGGCCCUGACUCAGAAGGAGAGUGCAGCUGGGUCCCCCAGGAGGGCUUCAUGAGGUCCUGGGUUAGUGUUUCACAUUAGCACUCAGAGCAGGAUGUCCUCCCAGCACCCUGAGUCAAGUGAAGCACCUUCCUGGUGACUACCCAGCAUCUGGGUUGCAUUUUGGCUUAGUACCCUGAACCUCACUCCCAUGUCGGUGGGUUUCAAUGGAGUUGUAUGACCCUUUGAGUUUAGAGUCCAUGCCACUGCUUGACUGUUCUCUCUUGAGUUGAUGUCAUAUCAGGAAUGAUCACCCACUGGAGUGUAUAUGGAAGGCUCUAACAGCAUUAAGGGUGUCUUUGGAGGACAAGCACGGAAGAGAAGAAACAUGGUUCGCACUUUUUCAAUGUCCCCCUUUUCAGUGUCUGUAUGUGAAGGCUUUUGCUUAUAAAGCAUGAUGAGUUUUAAUAUCUAGUCAUUAAACUGCACAAGGGCAAGACCAGGGGCAGGGAAGGAUGAUGAAUAGCUUAGCUUCGGGUUGAGAGGCUUGAAGGUGGGAAGCUCAGUGGCUUAGGGGUUCAGAUUGCCCAAGAGCCCUGGACAUGCAGCAACUGGCUCGGGGUUCAGUGGAGACUUGACGGGUCUGUUCAGUUGUUUUAGACAAACUCACCCCAAGUCAUUGUUUCAAAGUCUCCAAAACAUGGAUGGAGUAAGAGACAACUUACUCAUUCCCACACAUGAAAGGAGACACUGUUGAUACCAACAUGGCAACUGAUUAAAUCAUGAAACACCCAUAAUCCAAGUGCCACUUAAGCUUUGAAGCCAUCGAAAAAUUGAAUAGGAAAAUAAACCAGGACACUUAAAAAAGAGAGAUGGAAUCUUUCUUACUUUUUAUCUUCUUAUUCUUUUUUUCCUUUUUAAAGUCAAAUGAAGGAUGCCACUGAACAACUUAUUUCAAAAUAGUAAUCACAUACUUUGGGGAAUGGGUUCCAGUCAUUUUUAAAGCAAUGUGAAAAUGGGAUUCUCUUCAUCAUGGGCUAGUCUGACUCCAAGAAGAAGUUCUGAUGAUUGUCAUCUUUCGGAAACUUAAAUAAAUAGCUGUACUGACUGGA